AUGAGUGAAUCAGGAAGUUUGGUUUCAGAAGAGAUCAUUGAAGAGGAAGUGGUGAUUGUUGAAGAUGAGGAGGAAGUGCACAGUGUCGAAUAUAUAAUAGAGGAAGAAGAAGUGACGGAAGUGGAUUUCAAUGACGUUAGUCCCUCGGCGCCGCCAAGGAAUGCACAUCGUCGACAGUCUCUUGUUUCGGAAUAUGUGGAAAUGUCAGUUGGAAGUGCAUCAGAAUUGAUGUCUCUCGACGACCUGAAUGAUGUUACUCCAUCAGAAGAUAAUAAGCAGAAGACGAAAACUGCCUACCGGUAUUCUGGUUCAGAAAGUGGCGAUAGUACAGAUCAGCAGUCGUCAGACGAUGCUGAUGCUACCAAUAGUUCAGAUGGAUUUGAUCUGACACUUCCUGAAACUUCCAAUAUGGAAAAUAUGCAUAUGAGUGGACUAACGACGAUGGAUUUCACACAGUCUGGAAUGAUUAACUUCGAGUCAUCCUACAUGUUCGAACUCGUCGACACGGAUGAUGAAGAAGAAGAUGAAGUGUUAGGAAAUACGAAUGUGGAAGCAGCCCCAGGAAUGAACCUAUCCCUAAAUCCAUACAGAGUAACCAUGGAUAAAGUACGGUAUGGGCCACUGGGCAAACGACGAUCGACAGGAAUUACAAAAAGAAAAUCAACCUCCAGAGACUUGAGCCCCAUACGACAGCAGGUGACGGAUUAUCUGGAAAACGUCGUCGAGGCUCAAAGUGCCCGGAAAGGAGCAGGAGCUCCGCGAAACCGAGUUGCCCCCGCUAGGACCAUGUCAAGUUCCAGGCGGGCCAAACGACGAUCCUUGAUUACAUCACCGAUUCACGAGGACAAACCACAUGCUCCAAGAGGUGGAAGGCGAUCCAGUCUCCUGGCGAACCUUCCGCCUCCUAAUUUUUUCCAACAAGAGAAUGAUGCCAAACCAUCAGAACCAUCCGCCAUAACAUCGAAGCCUAAUAAUGACUUCGAUGAACCACCCAAUGGUCCAACCAAAGCAGUCGCUACAACAGAGAGCAACCCAAGUGAAGCAUCACCGGCGAUGAUCGCCUCUGAUUUUCCUCCUGAUGCUCCAGUUCCAAACAAAACAAUUGCUGCGACACAGAGCAAUCCAAGUGAAGUAUCACCUACGACGGCUGCUUCUGAUUUCCCUCCUGUCGCUGCAGUUCCAAGCAAAGCAAUGGCUACAACAGGGAGCGAUCCGAAUGAAUCAUCACCCGCGACGGCCGUUUCUGAUUUUCCUCCGGGCGCUCCCGCUCCAACCAAAACAAUGGCUGCAACAAAGAGCAAUCCAAUUGAACUAUCACCAACGACGGCCGCUUCUGAUUUCCUUCCUGACGCUCCAGUUCCAACCAAAGCAACUUCGGCGUCAACCAGCAGCAACAGAAGUGAACCAUCAAUUUCAUUGCACGCUUCGGGGCCACGACACAGUAGACAAGCCAAGAGCGUGGAGGAAGAAAGGAAUCAAGUGCAAAAUCAUCAAGUCCCAACUAGAACCAUUGCAACCUCGAACAGCAAUUCGAGUGAACUAUCACCUCACCCGAUGCGUCACGUCAAUACGACAGAGGAGGAAACUACUCCAGCAGCAGCAGUGCGAAAUCAUCAAAUUCCAAAAGAUGCAAUUGCUAGAUCCAACAACAGUGAAUUAUCACCACUGACUGCUUCUGGUCACCGUCGUGGUGCCAACAACAACAACAAGAUCAUGGAGGGCAGCGCUUCCGGGCGAAAUGACGAUCGACGAAUUCCAACAAAAUCAAUCAGUGCGGCGUCAAAUAGCGACAGUUCCGAGCUGUCACCAUUGACUUUCUCUGGCCACCCGAUGCGUCAAACUACGUCGAAACUUGAGGGAAAAAAUCCCAGUCUGUCACCAAUGAAUACCUCUGGCCGUCAAACUCCGGUGCGAAAUGAUACGGAAGCCGUUCUCGCCUCACCCAACAUGGACAGUCCCGAAUUGUCACCGCUGGCGCCCUUUUCGGGUCACGCGGUAGCCCCACGGCCCAGGAUCAACCGUGGACAAGAUAGAACACCGCCUCCUCCGGUCGCGCGGGUAAGGGGAAGAAGCAGGGCUGAUUCUGAAGACACGGACAAGCAUUUGUUUCAUGGGAUAAUGGAUGAUGACAACUCGUCUUGGUCCAAGGCGGAAGGAAGGGUCUUGGAAAUUCAGAUACCGGCAGGUCUAAUGGACAAUCCUCAGGAUUCGUUCUCCACGCUGGAUAGUGAAUCGCUGGCAGCUGAUUCGCUCAUGAGCAGUACCCGAUUCGAUUCCACACCGCAACAAGCAAUGUCGAAGAGGUCUUCUGACAUAUCGCCAGUCCCACCGAGGCGACAAGCACCCAGUCCGAAACUCGGCGAUGGGAAGGAGGAGGCAGAAGCUUCUGAUUUUAGCAGCAGUUACAAAAGAAGGGGCGGCCGCAAGCAACCUCUUGGAUCAGAAGAAGGUUCUCGUCAUCGACGACGAACUGAAGGAAUGCGGCGACGAUCACUGGAUCUUGCGUCAGUAUCGGAAAAGCACAAUCAGAGUUUCAACAUGGAUAAUUCAAUCCUGAGCACCUCUAUGCACAACAUGAGCACCUCUAUGCACAACGCUGCCUCGGGGAGGAGGGGCCAGAUGAGACGAGAUCUUUCCAUGUCAAGCUUUACCAAUCAUUCGAGGCGGAACUUGAUGAAACGGCAAACAAGUGUAUCCAGUUUCGCUAACAAUUCCCGGCGGAAUCUACUGUCACGUCAAAAUAGCAUGUCCAGCUCAAGGCGAAACCAGAUGUCUCGCACCUCGAGCAAGAGGUCUGUUGUGGACGAGUCCCCGAGUAUGCCAAAGCGGUAUUUGUCUGUUGAUGUCGAUCUUGAGAUGUCGAUAAGCUCCCUAACGAGCAAAGCAGAAGAAAGCAGACAAAGGAGGAUUGCCCGGGAUCAGUCUCCUAUGCGUCCGAGACGAACUCUCGAGAAGGUGGUGUCGCCUGGUGUGAAUAUCGAAGAUGAUGAAGACUCUAUGUCGGAAGGAUCUUUUGCAAAUGAUGCAGCGCCAAAUCAAUCAUUGCCGAUCGGGUCGUUGCCAAGCUCAAUGCGAAUUGUGGCGCCAGUACUAGAUGGGCCACCUAUGCGCGAUGUAUCGCCAAUGCGCCCGAGAAGAACCAUUAGCACGAAAAGGGUGCCAGUCUCUGCAGCCGUUCUUUUUGGUGAUGAAGAUGACAAGGCGUUAAUAUCCAAAGAAACUUCACCAAACAGUAUCAGUCCAAAGGACAAAAUCCCGGAACCUUUGACAUCCGCAGAGGAAGAGAUGGAAGAACCCGAAAAACCGAAAUCGACGCCUCCAACUUCGUCAAUAGCCGAAGAGAAGAAAGAAACUGAAAUGCCAAUUGUACUGGACUACAUACCACCACCACCGCCACUUCCCCGAAGAGGGGUACCAGUCGAGGAGCUAAGAGGCCGCAGCAAAACUACUGAGAUCAAAACAAGAGAACAAGCAGACGCCAGGAUUUCGCCUUUGCCCCAACCGUCAACGGAGAAGGAAGUGAAGAAUCUCAAGGCAUCGCCUUCACCAACUGAGAUUACCGCCAACACGGAAGACUCUGAAUAUAUACCAUCUGUCGACAAACAAUCUCCAGCGACGUCAACGUCCUCAUCAGUGUCAGAGGUGGGCACUGGAUUGCCUGUUCAAUCUUCAAAAGCCAUUAUUUCUCAGAAAUCCGAUGCGUCCAAUACGCUUGCUCCCGAGAAGGAAACCGCGGCGCCUUCACCUGACAUCGAACAGCCAAGAAUCGAACCUGGUUCGCUCUUGCGUUCCAGUACUCAUUCAGAUGCUUCGUUUUUAUCUUCAUCGUCCACUGCUCAGAAGCGAGCCCAAGCACAAGCCACUUUGGAGAGGCUGAACUCGAGAAUGAAUUCGACCUUUGGGGACGGAGUCAAAGCUCAAACCACAGCUGAUCUGAGAGACCAACAAGAAGCUUCCGCCGUACCUACCGUAGAAGGUAGGAGGUCAUCCUUGGAAGAAAAACGGCAAGAAGCGAAGGCUGCUCGUGAAAGACUACGACAACGCUUUAUCAAUGCUCGGGCUCGCGUACAAUCCCAACUACCUGUGUAA